AUGGUCAUUGUUCUUUUACUUUGGGUUCUUUGGAUGACGGCUGCAAUCCUGGUGAUAGAACAAAGACAGGACUUCUAUCCUCUCGAUAACUGCCAAUUCCUCGCUCCUAAUCAGUUGCACUGGUGUAACGAGUUGUUUGCAAUUCAAGGGCUCACUAUCACGAUCUUUGUGCUUCUGAUUAAAUACCUCCUCAUACUAUUGAUUUUCUCUUUCGUCAACCAUUCUCGGGGUGUUUAUGUCUGGACGAGCUCAGUCAAAGACCUGCAGCUUACACUUCCCAAGAUCCAGAUGACGCACAGCUCCGAUGUUGAUGCAAUGGGAAACCCCAUCAAAAAGGAGGCCUCUUUAUUCGGUGCCCCAGCGACAUACCCUCCUGCGCCACAGAACACCUAUCCGCCACCUUCCACCACCGCUCCUUAUAAUCAACCACAAUAUUCUGGCUCAUCUGCGCAGCUGACGCCACAGAGGACAGGGGAACCCAAUCAGCUGAAUCAGUCCGUCAGUUAUUCACGACCCCAGCCGAACACUGGAAGACCAGUGGUCGCUCCUGCCCAGCAGUCUAUGUACGCUCAUUACAACCCUCCUUCUACCACUACGGUCCCCUCGGCCCCUCAGGUUUGA